AUGGAGACCCUCCGUUCCAUUAUGGAAGCCCUACAGGUGGGCCAGUUCCUAACCUCCUUGGACCUGAAGGAGGCAUACCUUCACAUUCCAAUACACCCCUCCCACAGGAGGUUUCUCAGAUUUUGCUAUGCCAAGAGACAUUACCAAUUCAGGGCGCUUCCCUUCGGUCUGGCAUCUGCUCCCCGCGUCUUCACCAAAAUCCUGGUGAUGCUGGUGGCAUGGCUUCGACAGGAGGGAUUAACAAUAUUCUCAUAUCUGGACGACAUUCUUAUUUGCGUCAAGUCCAAGGAAGAGUCCUUGACACACAAGUCCAAGGUAGUUCAGAUUCUCACCGACCACGGGUUUCUUGUCAAUCUAGAAAAGAGCCAGCUGUUACCAACACAGAGGUUAGAACACCUGGGGGUCAUUAUAGACACUUACAGGAACCUGAUAUGUCUUCCACAGGACAAAAUCACCAACAUUCAGUCCAUGACUCAAUCAUCUACUUUGGACUUGAAUGCUGCCCUCAGUGAAUGUAUGACAGCUGUGGAUUUAUUUCUAAAUAAUAAGUUCCAAGAUGCCCUUGUUUUUCUUCAAACUAAAACAAAGGACAGUAUGUAUCAUGCACUGACUUAUGCCACCAUACUGGAAAUGCAAGCCAUUAUGACCUUUGACUCUCAGGACAUACUGAAUGCUGGAUACACAAUGAAGGAAGCUCAAGCCCUCUGUCAGAAGUUCCGUAAGAAAUCCACGGUAGCAGAUUCCUUCAACAAUUUAGUGCACAGGCAAAACAUUGACCAUUUCACUGAAGAGGAAAUUCAUGCAGAAAUUUGCUAUGCUGAGUGUUUGCUUCAAAGAGCCGCUCUUGUAUUCCUUCAGGAUGAAAACAUGGUUAGUUUUAUCAAGGGCAGCAUCAAGGUCAGAAACAGUUACCAAACAUACAGGGAGCUGGACAGUCUAAUACAUUCUCCCAACUAUGUUAAAGGAGAAAAUCAUCUCCAUAUUGAAGCUGGCAUAAAGCUAGGAGUUGGAGCAUUUAAUCUGACUCUGUCCAUUUUACCAGCAAGGAUUUUACGAUUACUGGAGUUCGUUGGUUUUUCUGGAAAUAAGGAAGACGGUCUGCGGCAGCUUCAAGAGGGAGCAUCUGCCUACAGCUUUAGGUCUGUGCUGUGUACUAUGCUACUGCUGUGCUAUCAUACCUUCAUGACUUUUGUGCUAGGGAUAGGAAAAGGAAAUGCUGAAGAAGCAGAAAAACUUCUCAAACCUUACUUGGCUCGAUACCCCAAAGGAGCCAUAUUCCUGUUCUUUGCAGGCAGGAUAGAAGCAAUAAGAGGAAAUAUCGAUGGAGCCAUCAGUAAGUUUGAGGAGUGUUGUGAAGCCCAGCAGCACUGGAAACAGUUCCAUCAUAUGUGCUAUUGGGAAUUAAUGUGGUGCUUCACAUACAAACGUCAGUGGAAGAUGGCAUACCUCUAUGCAGACCUGCUCAGCAAAGAAAACACCUGGUCAAAAGCUACAUACGUCUACAUGAAAGCAGCCUACCUCAGCAUGUUUGAAACAAAGGAUUAUAAACCUUUCGGAGAUGAUGAAGUUACAUUUUUUAGGACUGUGCCUAGUUUGAAACUGAAAAUAGCAGGGAAGUCCUUACCAACAGAGAAGUUUGCAAUUCGGAAAUCUCGGCGUUACCUAUCCCCAGAUCCUGUUCCACUUCCAGUACCUGCUUUGGAAAUGAUGUAUAUCUGGAAUGGUUAUGCAGUGAUUGGAAAACGUCCUGAUUUGACUGCUGGUAUGUUGGAAUCUUUAGCAGAGGCGGAAGCAGCCCUGGAAAGGAGACCAGUUACAGAUUUUCUUGUUGAUGACCAGUGUGUGAUAAAGUUGCUGAAAGGAUUGUGCUUAAAACACCUUGGCAAGAGUUCAGAAGCUAAAGAACAUUUUGCUUACAUUCAUUUAAAUGAAAAGAAGAUAAAAUAUGAUCAUUACUUAAUUCCAAAUGCGCUGCUUGAACUUGCUUUAUUAUAUCUGGAUGAAGAGAGACAAGAAGAAGCAGUAAAAACACUGGAGAGAGCAAAGCAAAAUUACAAGAAUUAUUCCAUGGAAACAAGAACACAUUUCCGAAUUCAAGCUGCUUUGCACCAAGCCAGAUCCCCCCCAGAAAAUGGAGUUAAUUCUGUAGCUCCAGUGGUGUCAUAA